CCGACAACUCAAUCGCAUAGACACGGAGCUGCUCCGCGAACGAGUCUAUAGGCAACUUUAUAGCCUCAACUUCGACCAAUCAUCUGCAUUGCUAUAUCGGUCCUUAUUCGCAAUGUUGACCCGAGCCCUUUCAGUCAGCAGCAUGGAUAUAUCUAUCUAAUGCUUUGCGGUGAGACGGUCAAGCGUGCAACUGUCCCACCAAUGAGGCUUGUGUCUCCUCACUCGCUUUAAUCAAUCGGUUAGAUAUUCCGACGAACCAUGGGACUAAGCGCACCACCAAGGUAUCAUCCUGGCCCUCCAAGAUCGUCAGAGGUGUUCGCAUGGAAUUAGAAUUCUUCUAGAAACCUAACGCUACUUUGGCGCCCAUGGGCCGCUUGUGGGGUUGCAUCGGAUGUGAUUAUGUCUUAUACAUGCAAAUCGCACAUAUAGACGCCCUCGCUGCGGCUUAUAAUACGUCGAGAAUGGCUAGGUAUCAUGAGUUGAAGGGCCAGGCCAGAACAACCCACUAUACGCCUAUACCGAAAUGGACGUGGACGAAGUCGCAGUCGAUGCUAGCUGGCGUGAGGACCCUUCUCCCGGGAAUGAGGCUCAAGAAAAAUACCAGUGUUCGCGCUGUCCUAGCAGCUUCAAGAGACCCGAGCAUCUAAAGAGGCAUCAACGAAGCCACGACGGCCACAAGCCGUUCAUGUGCUCUAUCUGCUUGAAGCGUUUCUUCAGGAGUGACAUCUUGACUCGACAUGAGCUGAUGCAUCUUGCUGCGCAAAGGACUAACCACACAGUCAGCCGCAAACGAGCGUGCACGGAAUGUGCGAGAGCAAGGGAGAGGUGUUCUAGGGACGAGCCUUGCCUGAGGUGCUCGACGAAAUCUCUUCAGUGUCAGUAUCCUGACGACGCAGGUCAGAAAACCAAUGCCUUUGGAAGCGAGCCCCAGGGCUCUACCAGGAACGAGCACGGACAAUUCGAAGACCAUCUUCAACUGGCACCGCAACAUCCGUCGAUACUGCCAAAGCAAGAAGGAUUCAUGUCAUCGUCAAAUCCGUUGCACAGGCUGUCCUUCCACGAGGACGACGCGCCUCUGCGUGACUUCAUACAUACGCUCAGAUCCCCCACUGCUACAACCCCGUCUUACCCCUUAGACCCUUACAGAAGCAACGCUUUCAACCCAGAUGGGCCAGGUCUUUUGCUGAACGGUAUAGGAGGAGAGCCGAGCAGCUUUGCACAGCCGAAGCCACUCACAGCAGACCAACGAGUCCCGCUCUUCGACCCGGCGACAGGCUCCCCUUACACGCUCCCACGUCUGCACAACGCGCUCGGGGACUACCACACCAACCCCUCCACCGACCCAUCCUUCGAUUUCUCCCCCGAAGCAAUGAGCUCCACCUCCUCCUCCCACCCCCACCCCCGGCCUCAGGACCCCUUCCCCUCGCUCCCCACCAACGCCAGCCAAAGCGGCAACCUCGGAUCUCCGAACGACCUCGAAACAAGCGCGCAGCAGCCGCGAGGCCUUCUGACGCUAGCCGAUUUCGGCAGCCGGCCCAUCAACUUGAAGGCGUACGAGCUGAUCGCGAGCCACUUCAAGGAGUUGAGGCUGGAGCGCGGCGGUGGCGGCGGUGGUGAUGCGGGGCAGCCGGCUGCGAGUAAUAAUAUCUCGGAGAGCCAGCGGACGGCGCAGCACGAGCUCUUUGUUAAGUUGUAUUACGAGAGGUUUGAGAGGCAGGCUUAUUAGGGGGUUGGGGGGGUUAGGGGUUAGGGCGUCGUGGUUAGGAAAAGAGGAAUAGAGGGAGUGUGUUUAUUCGCGAGUAUGGAUGGAAGAGAUGCUCCCUUGGCUGGUCCUAGGGGAAGGGGAGUCUGGCUUCGAUGUCCAAGUGCUGGGCCGACGGCCUCGUGGUUAGGGCUGGUGGUUCGCGAAUCGCUGAGUUCCUCGUCCCGUACCGGAACAAGCUUCUUCUAGUUGAGACGUGUUGGGAUCGAAGGAUUUUGGCAGCUCAUCCCACAUGGCCACGUCGGUCGCAAUUCACGGCGUACCACUUGUUUGACGCCUGCACAACGACCCGUGAGCUGUUUGCCCCAGCUCCAUCCCUUUUCUAGCUGACCUACGCCAAUGAACUUGGCUCCUUCCCUUUGCCGGGCACGGGGUUGAUAACGCUUAGGAUGCCGUGGAACAUACGAAGGGAUAUGAUGUCUCUUUAGCUCUUAGAAAGCUUGGGUUAGAUCUGAGGAUGGGCUGUUAAAGCCCAAGAAACAGUCAUCCAAUGGAUAUAUGCAUCAGCACCACACAACAAUUCUGAGCGGAUGUCUAUUUCUCGUGAGCCUGGAUCUGAUAGAC